AUGCGGUUCCGCGCCUCGAUCACCAAUGUCCAAACAUUCUUUCGGAUUGUACAGGCGAUUGAAAAGCUGCAAAAGCGAUGUCUGAUCAAAUUUACAGAGGAGCACAUGUGCAUUAUUUGCAAUAACGAUGCAAAUGAGGGUGGGAUCCAAGUCUGGUCGAAAAUUAAGGUCGAAGCCUUGUUUGAGAACUAUCGCAUCCAGUCCAAUGCGAACAACGAAAUUACGAUGGCGCUAGCGGGCGAAGCCCUCCUCGGUGCACUCAAAUCUGCCUCAUCCUCCGUCCCGUCCACAUCCGCUGGGUCGGGGGCAGGCGGAGGCUUAGGGGGUGCGCUGGAUGCGGAGGAGAUAGUUAUGAAGCUGGCGAAGAAGAAUGACCAGGCGCUUCUAUCAUUUGAGAUCAAAGGCAUGUCGCGAACGGGGCAGCAGGUCAGGGUAGUGCAUGACGUGAAGAUUGAGGUGAUGAAGCCGGCGGAUGUGGAUAAGAUGCAGGAGCCUCUGUGUCCUAAAGCUGAUCUGCUUAUACUUCUCCCUUCACUGCUCAAGGUCCGCACGAUCGUCGAGCGGAUGAAGCAGAUGUCGGACGUGAUGGCGUUCCAGGCGAACAACAACAAACGACUUGUGCUUUCUCUCCGGACCGACAGCGUGACCAUCGAGACCGAGUGGAAAGACUGCCAAAACCCCGCUGUGGCAGAGCCAGAAUCAGAAGACGACGACGAUGAUGAAGAUGAAGGAAGACGAAAUCCUCCAGACCCAGACAAAAUGUUUACUGUCCUCAUCUCCACGCGUAGCUUUUUGAAGUUUUUGAAUAGCCAUGUCGUGUCUACAACUACAAUCGCCUCUGUAUGCCAACAUCACUGUGUCAUCCUUUAUGUGUACAUCGGCGAUGUGGCUGAUGCGGGAGGGGUGUUGACGUUUUACAUCCCUGCCAUUAUUGACGAUGAAGGUCGAUAA